AUGCCGGCCAACGCACCUAUCCCCGGCAAAUUCGAGGAAGAUCCCAGGGUACAUUUUGACAAGACAGCUGGGAAAUGGCAGUACGAAGAUGAGGAUGGGACAGAGUACGAGUGGACAGGUCAAGCCUGGAUACCUCUGAUCGACGAGGAAUUAUGGAAAGCUCAACAGGCUGCUUAUUCCGUUGCUGGUGUUGAUGAAAGUACACCAGCAAAUGCUGUCUUGGCUCGUGAUGAGAAACGUAACAGAAAACGUAAGAAGGGCGAAAAAGAUUACACUUCCAAUACUUCGACCCUCAACGCAGCGUCAAACGGAUCAGCCGCAGGGGCAGGUGGUUCUUCAACUUCCCAAACUCAACAGAAUCAAGCAGCUAAGAAGACCGCAGUAUGGGUAUCGAAUCUACCUCCAAACACUACCGUCGAACUGUUAUCUUCGGUAUUUUCCAAAGCUGGUGUCCUGUUGAUUGAUGAUGAGGGUCAACCGCGUAUCAAGCUUUAUUACGAUGACGAAGGGAAUUUCAAGGGUGAUGCUCUGAUCAUGUACUUCAAAGAAGGUUCGGUCGACUUGGCCAUAACGUUGUUAGAUGAUACGGAGUUAGAAUUAGGGUCUGGGUAUGGCAAUAUGAGAGUGAAGGUUGCUGAAUAUGAGAGUAAAGAGAAAGAAAAAGAGAAACAUGAGAAGAAAGAGAAGGAUACGGCUGAACAUGCUUAUGGGAGAGGUGAGAAGAAGAAAUUGACAGCGGAAGAGAAACAGAGGAUGUCAAAGAGGAUAAAAACCAUGCAGAACAAAAUAUCCUGGCACUCGGACGACGACUCUGAUGAUCCUGCUGCACCCAUUGGAGGUGCGCCCUCACCGCUAUCAAACCGAUUUAACCGAGUCGUCGUGUUGAAAGGGAUGUUCGCAUUGGAGGAUAUCGAGAAAGAUCCAGGGUUGAUACUUGAACUGAAAGAGGAGGUGAGGGACGAGGCCGAGACGUUGGGUCAAGUGACCAAUGUUGUCUUAUAUGACAAAGAAGAAGAUGGCGUGAUGACUAUAAAAUUCAAAGAUCCCGUUGCUGCCCAAGCGUGCGUUAUGAAGAUGAAUAACAGAUACUUCGAUGGAAGAGUUAUUUACGCAGGAAUAUAUACCGGUAAAGAACGAUUCCGCAAAUCAGGUGGGAUUCACUCAGUUGGUGAUGAUGAAGAGGCGGAUCAGGAAGAAAGAGAGAGAUUGGAUAAUUUCGCCCAAUGGUUGGUAGAAGGUGAAGAGGAAAAUAACAAGCAGUGA